AUGUCUUUGUUAUCAAAAGUUGCACGUUGCAUGAAAAAAAUAGCUCCUUUGGAGCUUGCUGAGACCUCAUGGGAUAAUGUUGGCGUUCUUGUGGAGCCACCUUAUCCGUGCCCCAAACAGAAUAAAGUCUUGUUGACGAUCGAUCUUACACCUCAAGUUCUCAAUGAAGCACUUAGUGAUUCCAAGAUUGGCACCAUUGUAUCCUAUCAUCCUCCCAUUUUCCGUGCCAUGAAACGCCUGACCUCCGAGGAUGUUAAACAGGAUAUUGUUUUGAAAGCCAUUGCCAAAGGUGUGGGUAUCUACUCACCGCACACAGCUUGCGAUAAUUGCGUCAAUGGAGUCAAUGACUGGCUUGCUAGCGGACUCGGUAAAGGCUCUGCACAACCCAUCACUCCUGCUGAAAACCCUCCUGCUGGACAAGAAGAAUCAGGUUCAGGACGUAUCUUUACAUUCGAUGAGCCUACACAACUCACGACGAUUGUUGACCGUGUCAAGAAAUUGAUUGGAUUACCUUAUAUUCGUUUGGCUACGAAUGACAAGAAUCAAGUAGUCAGAACUGUCGCCAUUUGCGCUGGCUCAGGUUCUUCGGUUUUGAAUUCUGUUGAUGCUGACCUUUAUUUCACAGGUGAAAUGGGUCAUCAUGAUGUAUUGGCCGCCUUGGCUAAAAAUACAAGCGUCAUUCUCUGCGAACACUCAAACACUGAACGUGGCUAUCUGUCUGCUGUUCUGAAGCCUGCUUUAGAAAAAGCAUUGGCUGAUGAAAAGUCAGAGGAAGGAGAGGACUCUAUUGAGGUUCUUGUAUCUCAAGUAGAUAAGGAUCCUUUAGAAGUUGUUUAA